GGCGGUCCCACCCGUCAAUAAAUAGUCUUCGCCCAACCGAAUUCUAUUCUCUCUUCUCCAGUUUUGGACUUUCGCUCCCUUCCCUUCACGCACAAACGAGGCAUUCGUCAAGGAGUCAAGGAGGAUCGAUCAUUCUCUUCUCAGGUCACGCGAUGGCGUCGAAGCGGAUCUUGAAGGAACUGAAGGAUUUACAGAAGGAUCCUCCUACGUCUUGCAGUGCCGGUCCUGUCGCUGAAGACAUGUUCCAUUGGCAAGCAACAAUUAUGGGUCCUCCAGACAGUCCCUAUGCUGGGGGUGUUUUCUUAGUUACUAUCCAUUUUCCCCCAGAUUAUCCUUUUAAGCCUCCGAAGGUGGCAUUCAGAACAAAGGUAUUCCACCCUAACAUCAAUAGCAAUGGUAGCAUUUGCUUGGAUAUUUUGAAGGAACAGUGGAGCCCAGCACUGACCAUUUCCAAGGUGCUGCUCUCAAUAUGUUCUUUAUUGACGGAUCCUAACCCUGAUGAUCCUUUGGUGCCGGAAAUUGCUCAUAUGUACAAGACUGACAGAAGCAAAUAUGAGACAACGGCACGGAGCUGGACCCAGAAGUAUGCAAUGGGCUAAAAUUGUCUGUGAUGGGUUUGAGGAAGGACAUUUUCCUUUAUUUAUUUAGACCGUUUAAGUUUUGUGUAUGAUUGUUCUGUCUCUGCAAUCCUAAAGGGGACCAAAGAGGUCUAUAACAUGAUCCUAGUUGAUGGAGAAACACAUGAACACAUGAUGCCUUGUGUUGUUGUAUGGAUAAUGUAAGUUGUGAAGUGUGGAAUUUCUCUCCCAAUUCAUUAUGCCA